AGGUGGAAACACAGGGCUAAAGGUGCAGGGAGUAUUUAAAGCAGGUUGGCACUGCCACAGCCCCACGGGGACACAGGACACUCACAGCAGCUCGAGGGUCAGCCUGAGAGGGAAAGAGAGAAGUGCCAGGAGGAGCCUGGAGUGGAAUGCAAGAAAAAUGACUUUACUGGCGUUCCUUCUCCUGCUCGCCUUGGUCCCAGCUGGGUCUGCAAGAAGCAGACACCUCCCCAAGGCAGCCAUCUCCAGCCCCGUGUUCGGCCCCCGGGAGGUGCACGGCGUGCUGGGCGGCUCGGUCACCGUGAAAUGCUUCUACCCACCCACCCCGAUGAACAGACACGACAGGAAAUACUGGUGCAAGCAGAAGGGCUCCAGCUGCCUCACCGUGGUGUCCACUGACUACGUGGCUCCCGGCUACCAGGGCAGAAUCGCCCUCACUGACCACCCCGAGGCAGAACAUUUCCUGGUCAACAUCUCAGCGCUGGAGCUGAAGGAUGCUGGCACCUUCCAGUGUGGCAUGGGGGUCAAUGGCAGAGGGCUCUCCUACAGAGUCACUCUCAGUGUUGCUGAAGCCCCACCUGUUCCUGAGGCACCUGAGCUCUUCUACGUGAAGCUCCGCAGCACGUGGACCGUGACCUGCGGCUUUGGGAAGGACACCGCCGCCAUGAGGAGAUACCUGUGCAAGAAGGAGAAGGAGGGCUGCCGGAACAUUAUUAACACCCAUCAGGAGGAAGAUAUCCCAGCGAGAGUUCAGCUGACUCAUGAGGACCCUGCAGGCUCGUUCCGUGUCACCAUGACUCAGAUGGACUGGGAGGAUGCAGGCUUGUACUACUGUGGGGUUGGUGAAUAUGGCAAGGACAACACAAGCAAGGAACUGGACGUGUUCAUCUACGAGGACAAAAAUUUCCCUCACCUAAAGACCGAGAUAACUGCAAAGAAUGGAAGUUCAGCAAGCUUCGAGUGCCUCUAUGACCCUCUAAUAAAUUCCUCCACGAGGUUCUGGUGCAAGCGGAGAGGCAGGGGCUGUGACAUGAUCAUAGACAACAUUGGGAAUGUGAAGAGGACCUAUGAAGGAAGAGUGGCCAUGUUUGAGAACCCCGAAAACAAAACUGUCACCAUCAUCCUGAACCAGCUGCAGGAGAAGGACAACGGCAGUUACUGGUGCAUGUCAAAUGAGCUGAGGGAUCUGCAAUCAUCAACAGAACUGACGGUUGUACCAGGAGAACCUGCACUGACGGGAAAGAACAUCGUGGAGGCACAGGCGGGCUCGCGGGUGAAUUUAACCUGCUGCUACCCCUGCAAGUACUACUCCUUCGAGAAGUACUGGUGCAGGUGGGACAACACGGGCUGUGCCAUGCUGCCAGCGCAGCAGCAGGGGCUGCCGGAGCCGGGAGACUCCUGUGACCGCUCCAGCAGGACGGCGGUGCUGAGCCUGGGCCCGCUGGCCGCGGAGGAUGCAGGCUGGUACUGGUGCGGGGUGAAGCGCAACGGGCUCUUCGGGGAAACCAUGGCCGUGGAGCUGCGGGUGAGCGCAGGUGAGUCCGCGCAGGCUGGCCCUGUGCCGCGGGGCGCUCCCCAUCACCGCUAGGCUGCAGCAGCUCGAAGGAGAAGCGCUGGCACCCCGCAGCCAGGGGCCAGCAGCGCCCUGCUUCGCACGGCUCGCCUUCGGGGGUUUUGCCUCUCGAGUUCUGACUUCCCAGCCGUAACAAAGCUCUUUCAAUUUUCCUCCUCCUUCUCACCAGACCUGGUGUCCGUGGGGAGCUACAGGACCAACAUCAGCAUGUCAGACUUUGAGAGCGUGAGGGACUUCAGUGCCAGCAACAGCGUGAAGGAGAGCCAGGAGACUGCCAUGGGAGGGGACGAGUUCAUCACCACCACGGACACUCCAGAAAGUGCUGCCAACACAACGAAGGCAAAAAGGAGCUCCAAGGAGGACGCUGACCUCGCCUACUCCUCCUUCCUCGCCACCUCCAGCAGCAUCGCCCAGGGUUGCUCCGGGGGGGACAGCGCUGCCCUGGACCUGUCCCCACCCCAGGACCGCGUCUGAGGGGAGGUGGCACCGCCUGGGUCUGGCUCUGCCUCGAGGAUCACAGUGUCAGCAAACAACUCUGUUCAUUUCUCCCACAAUUUGCUAUAGCUUGACCUGUUUUUUGCUUAAAUUCAGCUUCGAGUGGUGAUUUAGGAGGAAUGGUUUGAUGCCAAGGGGGGCUGGAAGUGCAGGUCUGAGUGAGAAGGUUGGGCUUGGAAACAGCGGGAAUUUGAGGGACUCAUCCCACCAGCAGCCCCAGUUCCUACACUGAGCUCUCACAGGCCAGAAGGAGCAUUGUGAAAAAAAAAAAAGGGAAAAAAAUUCCCAUUUUCUUUUAAAGGCAGCUGGAAAACCCUUUAGAAUAGCAUCUGAUUUGACAGCUUUUGGUUCCUCUGAGCUUUCCUGACCUGAGGGCAGCACCUGCAGGCCAGAUGCGUCUGGAGCGUUUGUGUGCACGGGCAAUAAAGAAUCCAGUGGCUUUCAGCAGA